UGUCCAGUUGUCUUACCGUGCAGGCCAUUCCACUCUUGUGCUCUCCCUCUAGUAGUCUAAACCAUAAAACGCUCACAGCAUCUGAAAUUCUCAAAGAGAAAAAGAAACGGCGUCAAUGGCACUUUCUUCCUCGCUAGCUGCUCAAUCUUCUUCCCACUAUCGUCACCAUGUUUUCCAACCCAAACGUUGUUUCUUGUCCAUAGACUCAGCGAAACAAACCCACCACAUUGCUCUUUCCCUCCAUUCUAGCACACCCAUUUCCAAGAAAGCUCUAAGGCUUAGCUCAGUUUGCUUUUCCAAGGAUAAUAAUAAAUCAAAAGCUGAUAUCCAACCCAAGGAAACUGGAUUGGACUGGCCAAUUUUGAAGCGAUGGGAUGUGCCCUGGGGUUGGCAAACGGUUUGCUUGACUCUACUUUUAUCAGGCUUAAGUUAUAUUUUGGCAGGGCAUACACUGUCAGUGGCUCUUCAUAAGCUAGGAAUUUGCCUUGAGGAACUGAGUUUGGACAAGCAGGCGGAGAUAACGUUCUUGUCUCAGGGCCUUUCCACUGCAGUUGCACUUGGAGUUGUGUAUGGCAUUGCAACGAGUUUCGACCACUUCCUGAAGACAUUUUUUGCUAUGAUUGGAGGGAACCCUUUAGUCGACAGAAAGGAUGGCUAUUGUGGGCAGGGAUUGGCUUUCUUGACUGGUGUUCUAGGUCGCUUGCUUCCACUAGUUGGAUCUUCAAGUAUCAGCACUGCUCACUUGGUGGGCAUCACUAGUGUCUUUGCUCCACUUCUUGAGGAGACCUUGUUUCGAGGGUUUUUAAUGGUGUCCCUAACUAAGUGGGUUCCUACACCAGUAGCUGUCAUUAUCAGUGCAGCUGUAUUUGCGCUUGCACAUCGCAGGUCUGCAAAAUUUCUGAUUCAGUUUGUUUUUGGUAGCAUGCUUCCCUUUAAAUAUAUGUAAAAGAUGUAGAAAUGUGUUCCACAUGACUAUAUUUUAAGUUCCCUUGAUCACAUUGUUUAAGCAUAUAACUUUGUUUAGAAUAUCAAAUUUAUUUCUCUCAGUAGAUAUCAAACUUGUCAAUCAACUAUUUAGAAACCAACAGUACAUUGUGCACCCUGCAGGGACUGCUUUGGGAUUAUUAUAUGCCAAAACCCGUAAUCUUCUAACGCCGAUCACAAUUCAUGCCAUUUGGAACUUGGGAGUACUAUUGCUUUUCA